GAGAGUCAGGCAGAUUCCAAAAAUGUCAAUUUCUGGAGUUUUAAUAAUUGUUAUCAUUUGUCUCAAAAAUCCAAGAGGGGUUGCCAACAAUGAAGAAAAUUGAUAUUAAAGUUUGUUUAUUUGGUUUGUAUUCUAAGGCCAUGGUACCAUAAUUUCUUGAUGUAAGGCGGCGUGAAAUCUAAUACAACUUAAAUGGGUUCCAUAUAUGUGCCUAAGAAUUUUGCCAUAAUUCAAAACAUUUCAUAGAUAACAUGUACAUUUAUUGAUUACACUGUAAUUAGGGGCCUAAUUGAUUGCAAAAUAUCAAAAUUCCGAUGUAAUCUGUUGUCAUGACAACCCAAUAAAUGUAACUGGUAACUGGCCAGAAUUAAUGUCUACCAUUGCGAAAAUAAUCUCAAUAUAAAAAAGGGUUUGGACGCCCCAUUUCAAAUUUUCAAUAAAUAUUUAGAAAAAAUGAUUGUUAAAAAAUGUAGAAUUAAAAUUUUAUGUUUGGGUUUUAAGGGAUUAUGAAAUACUUCUAAUUUUAGUGGAGGUGACUAGAUAAAUUUAGAUAAUUUAAUACAAAAAAUCCAAAAAUUUAAGUUAAAAUUAGUUUUCUGAGAUAUUAUAAUGCAUAAAUGGUUAGAAAAAUUAAAAUAAACAAAUACGUUGCUCAAUGUCUUCUAAAUUUCGUAUCAUAUGGUGGAAAACAGAGUUUAGAUUAAUUUCCCUUUGCUUCACCUCUGGUUAUCUCCCCUUUUAUUGCUCUCCCCAAAGGAGGUAGAAAAUUUGUACCAGUGGAGGGAAAUAAUGGCUUCUCCUGGCAGGAGCUCAGGCAGCCCUUCUACUAUCUGUGACUUUGCUAGGUCAUACAGACAUAGACCAUGUGAAGGUUUGACAGAGAGUAUUUCUUCCUUGACUGAUGAUAUAUUUCAACACUUAAAACGAUGUCAAGCAUCAACACGACAUCAGACAAGAAUCCCAGAAGGACUUCUGCUACUGUUUCGCAGUGGCAUAUUUGUUGUUUCAAAGGAUGUUCUUCAAUUAAAUGUAUGCAGAAGUCACAGGAAUAGUCUUUGUACUCACUGGUACAAAGACUCUCGGUGCUGUAUGCACCCUCUACAUCCACCAAAUCAUAGGGAGAAGCCAGACAGAGGAUUAACAUGCACGAUGGCUAAAGAAAUAUGGCUGCACGAGAGAGUUGUUGUGCCUGUUGGAGCUGGUAUAUGCAGAAGAUGUUCAGAAAGACACAAGACAACCUAUACCACAAAAGUAAACAUUGAAAGUGAUGUGGGAGAUUUUUUGAAGCUUGCUGCACAUUUACAAGCUAGUGAUGAUGAAAUUUUAAACAGUUUGCCAGAUACAUGUAUAUCAGAAGCAGAUGAAGUUACUGUUGGAGGUACAGGUAAUGAAAUACUGGAUCAAGCACAACAUGCUCAAGAAGACAAUAGUUCUUUGCAUGAUAUAUCAGAACAAUCUAGUCAGCUCUCAGAAUUUUCGUCCACUCAGUCCUCUCAUGGAACUGAUAACUGGCUACCACCAACAUACGAUCGGGAUAAGUUGAACAGAAGCAUGGAAAUUCUCUCUGAAGGCAAAUUUACUCCAAUGCGAUUUACCUUAAACACACCAUUGGAAGAUGUUCAACAGUCUACAAAGGAUUAUGUGACUCGAAAAGCCAAAGAAGUAAUUCACUAUGCUUUAGAAUGCAUUGCACCACAGCAGGAGGAAGAAUUAAUGCAACUGGUGUGUAGAAAAUACUUCAAGGCGGAGUCAGAUGGUAUUGAUAUUAUACCUGAUGCUUUAACAGAAGCUCUUAUCAAAGCCUACAAUGAUGCUAAUGGACAUCAAUGCCAAAUCCAAAUACUCUCCCUGUUUGUAAACAAUUUUUCAAAGACUGAACUUUGUAAAAUGGUGCAUGGCCUAACAAAGUAUAAAAUUGACUGUGCAAGAAAAUACGCUUCCUUGAAUGGACCAGGUCAGAUUAUUGAUCCUCCAAAGGUUACCCGUGUUAGACUUUCGAGAUGUCAAAUACAGCAUUUUAUUGAAUUUUUGUACAGUCCAUCAAUUUGUCAAGUGGUUGGAUAUGGUUCCAAGACUCUUCAUUUAUCAUCUGGAUUACAAAUAAAAAUUCCAAAAAUGAUUCGAACAAUGAUUGCCUCAAGAAUUAUCAAUGCCUAUGAAGUGCUCUGCACAGACAAUGAGAUAAAAAUGCCAUCUAGGGCAACGUUGUACAAGAUCAUAAAAGUAUGCUCGGCCUCACAGAGGAAAUCUUUGAAAGGUCUUGACAGUUAUACAACAGAUGGAAUGGAAGCAAUGGAUUUGCUCCAGAAGAUACUACACAGACUGCAAGAAAACGGACUUUCAAGAGACAAAACGAAAGAGUUAUCAGAAAAGCUUCUGGAUAUAAACCAGCACCUGAAAUUUGAUUUGAAAAUGCAUCUCGCACAGUCCAGUACUUGUAUCGACCACUGCCUAACAUAUGCAUUGUCUGAUGAAAAGACAGCAGAAUUUACAUCGGAUUGUGAUCAUCUCCACAAUCAGAACUGCAUAAACUGUAGAAGUAUUCCAAAAGUUAUGGAUGAAAUUGCAAGUUGUUUAUCAGCGGCUAAUCUAGCAACUGAUCUGCAGAAGGAAUUGGCACAUGAUUUUGAACAGUCAAGAAAAAACAUACAUGAAUGGAAGGCCCAUAUUGUACGAGCUGUGAACCAGGAUAUGAGUAAAAGCAACAUCAUUGAAAACUUAAAGAGUAACCAAGCACUGCUGAUAAUGGAUUGGGCAAUGAAAUUCCUGCCUCAAAGUUUUCGGGAAUCGCAGCAAAACUGGUUUGGGAAACAGGGUUUGAGUUGGCAUGUUGCAUGUGCAGUUUUUCUAGAUCAUAGUGCCAAUGUAGAGAAUCAGGAGAACAAAUUUCACCUCGUGUCAUUUGUACACGUAUUACAAGGAGGAAGUCAAGGUUGGAUCUCAGUAGCUAUGAUUCUUCAAGAUGUUCUAGAAAAACUGAAAUGCCUUAAUCAGCAUCUUUCCGAAGUUUAUUUAAAAUCCGACAAUGCAGGAUGCUAUCACAGCAUGCCACUUAUGUCCUACAUUUGGAAGAAUUAUGACUUGCUACAGCUCAAAGUAAAAGAGUAUAAUUUCAGUGAAGUUCAGAGUGGCAAAGAUCUGUGUGAUUCAAGAACUGGUACAUGUCGCAUGCAUAUUUUAAAGUAUGCAAAUGAAGGUAACAAUGUGGAAAAUGCACAUCAACUGAAAAAAGCCUUGGAGAGUUAUGGGGGAGUUAAGAACACAUUCAUUUCACUGGUUGAUAUCAAUACAGAAAAUCCUCCCGAUUGUCAGGAAACAUUAAAAACUUCAAGAUUAGUCAGAUGA